UCGUUCUGCCCAACCUGACCCACAAAGUUUGACUACUGGACCCAUGAGAAUUCACUCCCUCUUAGCCGACUGCUACUGUGUUGUUCCAAUUGAAUUGGUUUGAAGGCUUCCCAAAUCCCAGAUAUUUAGGAUUUGGUUUGAAGGCUGAAGAGCACAUUCGCUGUGGACAUGGAUUCCGUCAGAGCCGCACCAACCACCACCACCUGCCACAUGGUGACCAUGCCUUACCCAGCUCGCGGCCACAUCAACCCCAUGAUGAACCUCUGCAAGAUACUAGCUUUGAAGAAGACAGGCAUUCUCGUCACCUUCGUUGUCACCGAGGAAUGGCUCGGCUUCAUCGCCUCCGACCCUAUGCCGGAAAACAUACGCCUCGCCUCCAUACCUAAUGUUGUCCCAUCGGAGUUGGUUCGCGCCGCUAACAUGGAAACGUUCGCCGAAGCCGUCUACACGAAGAUGGAAGUUCCAUUCGAGCGGCUCCUCGACCAGAUUGAGCCCCCGCCGUCGGUUAUCGUGGCUGAUACGUUUCUGUGUUGGGCUGUCGGUGUCGGGAACCGCAGGAAUAUUCCUGUGGCUUCGUUUUGGCCCAUGUCAGCGGCGGCGUUCUCAGUGUUCCAACAUUUCCAUCUUUUUGCCCAAAACAGACAUUUUCCAGUUGACAUCUCAGCACAAGGCAAUGAGCGUGUGGACUAUGUCCCUGGAAUUUCGUCCACACGUCUGGCAGAUAUUCCCUUUAUUGAUGGGAACAAACAACAAAUAUUGCAAGGGAUCCAAAAAAAUGUUCAAUGGGUGGCAAAGGCACAAUAUCUCUUAUUCACUUCCACCUACGAGCACGAAUCUCAAACAAUCGAUGUUCUAAAAGCAGAGUUCCCAUUCCCCGUCUAUGCUAUUGGCCCAACCAUACCUUUCUUCGAUCUUGCAGAAAAUAUCUCACUAGCUUCUCAUGACGACAGUGACCUCAACUAUUUAGAAUGGCUCGAUUGCCAACCAAGAAGCUCCGUUCUAUACAUUUCAAUGGGAAGCUACAUCUCACUUUCUAGUGCUCAAACGGAUGAACUUGCAGCCGGUUUGCGAGAUAGCGGUGCCAGAUUCUUGUGGGUGGCGCGCGGUGAAACUCGUAGGUUGAAGGAGGUUUACGGUGAUCAUAUGGGGUUAGUGGUGCCAUGGUGCGACCAAUUUAGGGUGUUGUCUCAUUCUUCAAUAGGGGGAUUUUUGACGCAUUGCGGGUGGAAUUCCACUAAAGAAGGUGUGUUUUGUGGUGUUCCUUUUCUCACCAUCCCCAUUGGCGCAGAUCAACUCCAAAACAGUAGGCUAAUUGUGGAGGAUUGGAAGAUUGGGUGGAGGGUGAAGGAAGACGCGGGAGAGAGCAGUUUUGUGACAAGAGAGAAAAUCAGAGGGCUAGUGAAGAAUUUCAUGGAUUUGGAAAGUGAUGAAGUGAAGGAAAUGAGGAAAAGAGCAAGUGAAGUUCAACAGAUAGGUCAACGUGCGAUUGCUGAAAAGGGUUCAUCCGAAACUAACAUCAGUGCCUUCGUUAGGGACAUUUCACAAUGCCAAGCACGCUGAUCAGGCUAGGAGAUUACAAAAAUGUCUAGCAAUUCUAUAUUCUCGCUUGCAGAGAAUCAUACAGAAGCUAGCUAGUGUAUCUUUUCUUUUUUUUAAAAAGGUUUAUCAUUUGAUGUAAUCUUUUUGUGGGAGUUAAAGUUAGAGACUAAUAAAGAGU